AUGCUUAUGCAGAAGAAGAUCGUGCAGCGAUAUAGAGCAACCGGGUUUAUUGCCAUCUUCAAAGUGCACCUAGAGGAUAAGAAGGCCCCUGAUAGGCCUGUAACUGAGAUUGCGAGUGGCAUUGACGUCAGGCUCUUUGUUGGCGACCGAGGCGAGGUGCUUGUGAAGAGUCCAAGAUUGCUGUACAUUGCCGAGGUCAUGGCGGGUGUCGACGACAAUGGUUUGGAACAGCGGAUGGCGGCCCUUAUCCUGCUACAAGAUGAGGACCUGACUGACACGUUUCUGAAAACCUACUGCAACACGGAGUACAUCUUGACCAUUGACGAUUUGCGGCGAGACCUCCGCAACAGACUAGCCGGGUACAAGCUACCAACAGCCUUGCGCGUUGUUAGCGGCGAGCUGCCAAAGACUGCAACUAGGAAGGUCCAGAAGAAGCUCUUGGGCCCAUAUUCUCCCCGCCGAACCUUCAUGCUUGGCCCUGAGGAGCAGCGGGUGAUUCCUCCAAGGCCGCUAGCGAAAUGGUGA